GCGCCCCGUCAGGUUAGAAAAAAAUGGCGGCCUCAGUAGAGAAUUUGGGCGCCGCUUGGAGCACAGUAACUGCCGGUCUACUGCCGUGCCGGGGACAGGCAAAGAAGCCCCCGACAGAUGAUGUGUUGAAGUCAGCCAUCACGGUUCUGGACCAGCAUGGGGUGGCUUUCAUCAUAGAGGAGUGGUUCCUGGAGUCCAUGCAGUCCGACCUGCGCGAGAACAUCGGACCAAAGUUCUGGAAUCAUUUCAGUGCAGAGAGCAACGGGCCUAAACAACAUGGAGCUGACGGUACUCUGGUCACUGCCUUUCGCGAGCUCCACGCAAGUUUGUCGUCGUACCUCCCGAGUGUGGACGUCUUGGAGAGACUGCGGCAGGAAGGAGCCAAGCAGAGUCUUAAAGACAAAGUCCUGCUGAUCUUCAAGGCUCUGUUGUUCUACGACAUUCCGCUGAAGUUCCACGGGGUGGUGAAGGAGUUCUACAGCUGUGCCUUCAAGGCUUGUGAAGAGGAGCUGCGUAAGAAUGAGAAGACGUCCCCAGAUGAGGCUGGACCAGAGGAGGAGGAGGAAGAGGAGGAGGAGAGUCUGACAUGUGGAGGAUGUGAACAGGAGAAGGAUCGCUGCUCCUGCACAGAAACUCUCACUCUGUUUCACCAACUCAACACUCAGCUGCACAGUUUAGGCCUGCUGGAGCGGGUAUGUGGGGAGGCCGUAACAGCCAUCAUCCAUGACCGAAUACAGCAGCACAUUCAGAACACAUGUCAGGGCGAAUUCGAGUCACAGUUUCUACACCCUCUCGAAAAGUGGUUGACCAGUAAGGUGGUGAGCUGGCUGCACCUUGUGUUUAAGGGCUCACCUGGGCAGGCAGGUGAGCGGGAGGUCAGCGCCAAGACACAGGAGUCACUGGACAGGUGGCAGACAAGACUGCUCUACUUCUUAUACCAGACUUACGGCACUUUGCGGAUCUCAGAGAUGUUUGACAUCAUCGUGGAGUUUCCUGACAGCAUGUCUGCGCUGGAGGACCUGAAGGUCUGUCUGGAGAAAACUGACCUGCGACAGGCACUGGUCUCAUCUCUACGGUCUGCCAUCGGCAGGAGGCUGCUGCAGCCUGGUGCGACCACCUCAGACGUGCUGAGUCAGUACAUCCUGCUGGUGAAGUCACUGCGAGUGUUGGACCCCACAGGUGUACUACUGGAGCUGGUCGGGGACAGGAUCAGGCACUACCUCAGAACCCGUGAUGACACAGUGCGUAAGAUCGUGGAAGGUCUCACUGAAGACGAGGGGGGUUCAGACCUGGCGGAUGAGCUGAUGAAGGGAGAUCCCAUUACUCUGGAGGAGGGGGUAGAGGAGGAGGGGGACGACCCCUGGGCCUGGACCAAGUGGGAACCUGACCCCAUUGACGCCGAUCCAUCUAAGACGUCGAAGAGCCGGCGGUCGCCAGACAUCAUCAGCCUGCUGAUCAGCAUCUACGGCUCCAAGGAGCUGUUCAUCAAGGAGUACCAGUCUGUCCUCUGUAACCGCAUCCUGUCCUUCAACUACGACCUCACCCGAGAACUCCGCAACCUCGAGCUGCUCAAGCUGCGCUUCGGCGAGAGCCAGCUGGGCAACUGUGAGGUCAUGCUCAAGGAUGUCCAGGACUCGAAGCGCGUGAACGACUUGAUCAAGUCAGAGAAUCUGAUGGGCGUGGCGGUGUCCGGGAUGAUCAUCUCUGCCCAGUACUGGCCGCAGCUGAAGGAGACCAAACUAACGCUGCCGCCGUCUGUACAGCAGAGGUUUGACAGCUACACACAGGCCUUCCAGACAGUUAAGGCGAGCCGCACCCUGAACUGGUUACCACAGAUGGGCCUGGUUGACCUUGACAUAGAGCUGAAGAACAGACGACUGUCUGUCAUGGUCAACCCUGUGGUGGCCACCAUCAUCAUGCACUUCCAGGACAAGGAGCGAUGGACGCUGGACGAGUUAAGCACAGCAAUGCAGGUUCCGUCCUCGGUCCUCCGCAGGAGAAUCACCUUCUGGCAGAACUACGGCCUCAUCAGGGAGAACCCGCCGGGCACCUAUGUGCUCCUGGAGGAGGGUGCUGAUCACCAUGGCGAUGUGAUGAUUGACAGUGACGAGGAGACGGAGUCGGCCACGGCCUCGUCACAGGAGAUGAGGGAGGAAGAGAUGCAGAUGUUCUGGGUGUAUGUACAAGGCAUGCUGACAAACCUGGACAGUUUACCGCUGGAGAGAAUCCACUCCAUGCUGAAGAUGUUUGCCAUGAGAGACAAUCCCAUAGAAAUCACACUACAGGAGCUCAAGGCCUUCCUGGACAGUAAAGUCAGAUCACAGCAUCUGCUGCUCUCUGGGGGAAAGUACAAGCUGCCUAAAAACAGGUGAGCAGUGCAGCAGUGACACCUAUCAGGCCAGGCAAUAACUGCAGAGAAUACCUUACAGUAUACUUGUCAUUGUAUAUCAGGUUCGAAUUUCUGGACAGUCAAGUCAGAUCACAGCAUCAGUUGCUUUCUGGGGGAAAGUACAAGCUGCCUAAAAUCAGGUGAGCAGUGCAGUAGUGCCAAAUACCAGGCCAGGCAAUAACUGCAGAGACUACCCUACAGAACACUUGUAAUUGAAUACCAGGUUCAAAUACAAUGUAUAUGAGCAGUCAAGGCCAGGUCACAGCAUCUGCUGCUUUCUGGUGGAAAGUACAAGCUGCCUAAAAACAGGUGAGCAGUGCAGUGAUGCCAUCUUGCAGCUAAAACAGGAACUGCAGAGACUAGCUGACAGAAUAGUUGAAUAUCACUUUUGAACUUGGAUAUUUGAACAGUGAGGACAGGUCAUAGCAGCUCUUUGUUUUUUUUGGAGAAAGUACAAGCUGCCUAAAAACAGAUGAGCAGUGUAGUAGUGCCAUCUUGUGGAUUUGACAGGAGCUGCAGAACUGCAUUAAAAUACAUGUAUUGAACAUAAAUAAACGAAUAGAUGGUCAAAACUAUAAAUCGGAGAAUCAAACUGAAGUGAGACACAUUAAAUUCCAGGUUCAAGUUUAUUUGAAAGUUUGUGUAUAUGUACAUAAGAUGUAUAAAAUCAUGUUGCAACAAUGUUGCCAUAUGCUUGUAGUGACUGAGCAUGCAACAGUAUAUGGUAGAAAACUGGCAGUACAUAUAUCUGUAUAUCACUUGAUCCUGAAUAAAAAAUACAUUGCAGAAAUCUUGCAAUAAUCUGACAUGAUGCUUGAUUCUUCAUCUCCCUUGCCAGUCCAGAAUUGUUAACUUCUUGAAAAAGAACUUGGCAAAAUGACAGAAAUGAGGGUGACGGUACAAAAUUAUUGUUUUCCACAUUAUUUUAUAGCAUGAAGUAUUCCACUUGUACAAAAUGUAGUUGAGCGUGUUAUACUAUAUAUCAUGUUAUCUUACUCUCUCUAAGUGCUGAGUGCUAAUCACUGAGCAGAGAAGCAGUAUUUACCAUUUUUCAAGUCUUAAAAGUUUGGUAUGACACAGCUAGAGUUUGAAUCCCAUAUUGCAAAGAGAAGACACAUUGCACCAGUGUCCAAAGUUAUAAACUACCGGUAAAUGCGACACCAAAAAAGUUUUUCAUCCUCUUUCUAUAUUCUAAAACACAAUAAGGCACCAUGUACAGCAUUUAUUUGCUAUUUUUUUCACAUCUCAUCUUGACUUACUGGCCAAAAACAUUUUCCAUUUUUUAUGUACAAUGUAAUCAUGAAAACAUGAUUGGAUUGGCAUCAUUUAAAAAUUUUCCAUGGAAGUAUUUCUCAAAUGUUGAUUUUCAAAGAAAGAAUGUACUCUAUGGUACAUUUUAUUUUUGCAUAGCAAUUUAUGUAAGUCAUCUGUUGCAGAUAGUAUAUACAAAGCUGGGAGAACCCAUUAGCAAUUAUGACUGGUUCGCUGUGCACUGAAGCUAGGCCGUUGUUAACAAGUGGUUUUGGAUUAAGAACUUUGCCUUUUAAUUAUUCACCAGCCUGAUGAAAUUAUUUAUGGAAUUAAGGCCACACCAAUUUAAUUUGUUGGUUCUCGGAUUCGCCUCUUCGUUUUUU